ACCGUUUACAGCCGUGCUGCCCGGUUACAGCGCGGAGCGCGCAUCAAACCCGCACGCGCCGCGCCCGUUUAAGGGCGGAUCGGGAUUUCUUUUAAACGCCGCCUCGCUGGAGUUUCGCGUUUGUCCGGGAUUCUCUGCUCAUCCACGUUCUUCUACAACAGCUGGCGUGACGCGGGCUUUUACUAGAAUAAUUCCGUUCGAACGCACGUUUCUGGCAUAAACGCCGGGCGCUUUUGUGUUGAUGCAAAUGAUGCGCCCGGUAAACGCGCGGCGGGGAGAGCGGCGCGUCCGUCGCUCGCGCUGAUGACAAUAGCGGACUCCGGCGAUCAGAGAGCGCGAUAGAAACAGAAAGAAGGAACGUUCACCGGGAAGGACAAUGUCUCUCAGCAGAAGCAUCGAGCUCGAGCACUUUGACGAGCGGGACAAGGCGCGCCGCUCCAAACGCGCCGCCGCCGGCGGUUCGGGCUCGCGCGCGAGCAGUCUGGUCCCGAGCCCCGCACACAGCGCCAACUGCAGCAUCUACCGCACGCGCACGCUGCAGGCGCUCAGCUCCGAGAAGCGCGCCAAGAAGGUCCGCUUCUACCGGAACGGAGACCGGUACUUCAAGGGUCUGGUGUACGCGGUGUCCGGCGACCGCUUCCGAUCCCUGGACGCGCUGCUGGCCGAACUGACGCGCGCGCUCGCCGACAACCUGCACCUGCCGCAAGGUGUGCGCAACAUCUACAGCGCGGACGGCGCGAGGAAGAUAUCGAGGAUCGUGGAUGUUGUGGAGGGUGAGAGUUAUGUCUGCGCCUCAAACGAGCCCUACAGGAAGGUGGACUACACCAAGAACAUCAACCCUAACUGGGGCUCACGGCUGGCAGGGGCAGGGGCGGGGCCAGUGGGUGGGGGUGGGGCCGGGGGCGGAGCCGAGCGUCCAGGGCCUCAGCGCACAGCUGGAGAGUCGAGGGAGGCCAAAGACUUCAUCAAACCCAAACUGGUGACGGUGAUCCGGAGCGGCGUGAAGCCCAGGAAGGCCGUGAGGAUCCUGCUGAAUAAGAAGACGGCGCACUCGUUUGAGCAGGUGGCUCGCAGACAUCACCGAAUCAAUCUGGAUUGAGUCUUCGUGAAGAGACUCUACACGCUGGACGGAAAACAGUUGACGAGUCUGCAGGAUUUCUUCGGUGAUGAUGAUGUUUUUAUCGCGUGCGGUUUGGAGAAGUUUCGUUACGCUCAGGAUGACGCUGCUAUCGGACACGCGGGGAAGGGUGCCGCGGCUGCGUUUGUUAACGAGUGUAAGAAAUCACGGCCGUCUGUCCCACCCAAGAUGACCAAGAGCUCUGGUGUCCCGCGCUCAAAAUCACCCGUAUCAGCCAAUGAGGCUCCGAGGAGCGACUCUCCACCGAUGAGGUCAUCGCAGUCGCCCUGCAGCCCUGCAGCUCAGUGCAGCCGGAAGACGUCCGUUCAUGAAGCAUCUCCGUCCCCGACCAGAGACCUCAACGAUGAGGAGGUCCUCAGUCCAGAGGUGAACGGUAAUGAAGUUCAGUCGUCUGUCAUCACUGAGAAGUAUAAAGUGGGGAAGGUGAUCGGCGAUGGAAACUUCGCUGUGGUCAGAGAGUGUGUGCAGAGGUCUACAGGACAGGAAUAUGCGCUGAAGAUCAUUGACAAGGCCAAGUGCAGCGGCAAGGAGCACCUGAUAGCCAAUGAGGUGGGGAUACUGCGCAAGGUUCAUCACCCCAGCAUCAUUAUGCUAAUAGAGGAGCUGGACACGCCCACUGAACUGUACCUGGUGAUGGAGCUGGUGAAGGGUGUUUUUUUGUUUGGUGGGAUAACUUUUUGAUGGAAUUACUUGGUGAGAGAAGUAAGCGGAGUGGUGUUCAAGCUGAAUGCUGCGCUGCGAUACCUGCACAGAAUGAACAUCGUGCACCGAGACAUCAAACCAGAGAACCUGCUGGUGUGUGAGUAUCCAGACGGCACUAAGUCUCUGAAGCUGGGUGAUUUUGGGCUGGCGACGGUGGUGGAGGGACCGCUGUACACCGUCUGUGGGACGCCUACGUACGUCGCCCCGGAGAUCAUCGCAGAGAGCGGGUACGGGCUGAAGGUGGACAUCUGGGCUGCGGGUGUGAUCACGUACAUCCUGCUGUGCGGCUUUCCUCCGUUCCGCAGCGAGAAGAACCUGCAGGAGGAGCUGUUCGAGCAGAUCUUACUGGGCAGACUGGAGUUCCCCUCGCCGUACUGGGACAACAUCAGCCUCUCUGCUAAAGAUUUAAUUGGGAAGAUGCUGCAAGUGAAUGUUGGUGCUCGUUACACGGCUGACGAGGUGCUGGAACACCCCUGGGUGCUGGACGACGCUGUGAUGGACACUAACAUGGCGUGUGAGAUGGAAGAUGUUGAAUCUGAAAACACACACAACAGCACAGCAGCAGAGGCUGAGGUGGAUCAUCUCCAUGUAGAUGACAGCUGGCAGUAGUCUGAUGAAUCUCUCCGGAGGCGCAGAAGAAGAGAAACCCUGAUCACCACCACAAACCUCAACACCGAGACCAGACCAGACCGGACCGGACCGGGCCACCUUCUCUCAGCAUCCUCUGUCUAGUUCUUAGUAGCACUGACCAGUUCAUUCAUAAAUAUGACUUAGUCCUCAUAUUUAAGUGUUAGCCUCUUGCUGAAUCCUCUAGCACAUCCCAUAUUCACACAGCAUCCAGGCAGUGUGUUUACAUGCACUCAGUUCUGUCAGUCCGAACGAAUCCAGUCUGAUUUCAGACUCUGAAAGUUAUUUAUAUGAACUUUUGCAGUUGAACUUUUAUA